AUGCAAGUAAACAAGUUCUUACUUUCUCUCAAACGAAAACUCUCUCCGAGGAAACAUCUCACGACAACCAACCAUGGUGAUACCGAUGAUCCAGCCCAUAGCCCACGAAGUGUUGGAAAUAGUAGCACGACAAGUGAUAAUGAUUUUGUAGGAGUGGAUGAUGAUUUCAAUAAUAAUAACAGCAACAACACAUCGGAAGUAAUGAACAAGAUGGAUUUUUGGGAUCCAGAACGAGUACAACAACAUUUAUCAUCCAAACAACAAUCACAACAACAGAAAACGCCUCCUUCUCCACGCCAACGAAGAGGUAGUGGUAGUAGUGGAAAAACAAUGACACAUUCGUUUUCAAAUUCUCUUUCACGGAUUGCUGGAGCUCUUUCUCCGAGAGGAAGACGAUCUAUAACUUCAACCACUGGUUCUUCUAACGUGGAGAAUCAAGGUAGUAAUUAUUCUAGUAAUAAUCAAAAUCAUCAACAACCAACCACUCCAAAUACAUCGUCCACAUUGUUACCCGAUUGGAUGAUGAACAACAACAACAAGGAGGAUGAAACAACCAUGAAUUUGUAUAAUAAUAAUAAUAAUAGGAAAACACAUCUCAUCGCUCUCCCAAAACGAAGUGCAUCAGAAUCGGGAGGUUUGGAUGCAUUGAAAUACAAGAAUCAAUCAAUGGAAUUGCAACAAGACUUGAGCAUUGAGUUGACCAUUCCAGUAAAUCCACUGCCUUGCAACAACCAAAAAGAAGAAGUACAAGAAUGCAAGGCUAGUGUUCAAUGUGAACCACAUUCUACAAGAAGAAAGGGUCAUAGUUUAAAAGCCUUAACUCCCUUCUCCAAACGUGGAGGUUUCCAUUCAACCACAGAACCCUCAAGUACAUCAUCCAACGAAUUUCCUCUCACCUCAAAUAAUGAUAGCUCCUCUUCGUUUGAUGCGUUUUUUGAGCAAUAUGCAGCAAGUUCAAUUCAACAACAACAACAUUCGAAAAACAAUCAACCCACUAGCAGUGUAGACCUUUCACAAUCGACCGAGAUUUGCAAUGAAAUUACUUCGGACUUGAAUGACGGCAACAGUAUUUCCAAUGUUGCUGGAAAUAGAAAAUCGAUUGGUAAUCAUGAAUUGUGUUCUACCAAGAAUUUCAUUCGAAAAUCCAGUAAGCAACAAUUGAAAAAUUCCAGCAACAAGAAUCAAGAUUUGAAAGCGUCAACAACAAGCAAAAACAGAAGACAUUCUCAUCAAGGUUCUUUUGACAGUUCUUCUUCAUUCUCUACAGAUACUGAAGAUAUGAUUUGUCGAUUUGGUAUUGUAAAGAUUUCGUUUGAGCCCUUAACCACCAAUACUAAGUUCUCGAAUAAUUCCAUCCCCUCAACCUCUAACAGCUCUCAAACGCAGCGAUGA